AGUCACACCAUUAACUAUUGCUAAUUGCUAAACAAACCUUAACGCAUACACCUUUUAAUGUAAAUGCCCCCUUUUUUUUAAGAAUUAUUAUUUUCUCCUUGAUAUACUUUUUUUUCAUUCUCCUUUGCUGGUUUUGAUCUUCUAACCCCAGAUUCCAUUUCCCUUUAUUAUCCCCAAAUUUGUAACCUUUUUCUCUCUGGGUCUUCAUUUCGUGGCAUUGUUUUUAUGUUUUUCUUGUGUUCUUGGAGUUGUUAGUUGUUGACGUUGAUGGUCUUUGGGUUCUUUCCAAGGUGAUGUUUUUGUUUUUUCUGCAAUUCUGGCCCAAAUCUGAAGAUGCUUAUUAUUCUUCAUCUUUAGCUUCCGAUUAUUAGGAAUCUCAGAAUAUCCUUGUGAUUUGGAUAGAGAAAAAGAUGAAGAAUUUUCCAGGGACACCAGGCACUUUACUUGGUUUGGCUUUGAGGAUGUCACAGUUCAUCUUUGCUGCUGGGUCAAUUGCGGCCAUGGCCACCACACCCAGUUUCUUUAAUUUCACUGCCUUUUGUUACUUGAUAGCUUCAAUGGGAUUACAAUUCAUUUGGAGUUUUGUGCUUGCUUCAAUGGAUGCCUAUGCAUUAGCAAGGAACAAGGUCCUUCACAACCCUGUGUUGGUUAGCCUCUUUGUAGUUGGAGAUUGGGUAACGGCGAUUCUAUCUCUGGCUGCUGCGUCGUCCUCGGCGGGUAUCACAGUUUUGUACUUUCAUGACCUCGGACACUGCCAGUUCGGAGAGGAAUGCCAGAAGUAUCAGAUUUCGGUCGCAUUAGCCUACUUGGGCUGGAUACCCAUUUCCAUAUCAUCACUUAUUAUGCUUUGGCUAUUAGCUGCAGGGUAGCACAUUCCAUAUUCUAUAGCAUUCAUAAUUCAUCAACUUGUGAAAAAUUUUCUUUUAAAAAUGUCAAUAGGAAAGGAAAUAGUGUAGAGUAUAGCUUUUACAACCAUUUUUAAAUUCCAUUUCUUCAUUUUCAACUGGAUUUGGGAUUGAAUAGAAAGAGAAAAAAGAAUGUUUGUGUGAUUUGGCUGCUCAAAGAGUGUACUAACCACUAAAAAUGUGUUUGGUAACUGGUAAGUAUUUUAGAAUAGAAAUAUAAAGACAUUGAGAAAAAGAUAAAAUAGAAAAAUUGUGUCUAUUUGCAUUUUCUCCAA